GUUGGACUUGCUAUUCGUGGCGCACCAAGUAGCGCUUAGCCAGUAGAUGGGUCUGAGCUGGCUCCAAACUCUUGCUACUUGGAUCGAGCACACGUUCUGGAGCCGAAUGGACGAACAAAUGUGGAGCUGCUUGCCCGACACGGCUCUCGUUGAAAUCUACUUAUAUCUGCAUGACCGAGACAGGGUCAAUAUGGCGAAGGCGUGCAAGAACUGGAACAAAGUAUUUUCAUACCCUUGCCUGUGGAGAACUAGAUACAUAGAACUUGGUGGAUACAGGGCCAAACUGGCGGGCGAACGAGCUUUAAAGUUCGCCGACAUGCACGGAGCUCAUGUCCGCUACCUGUUCCUCUCUUGUAAUCACCCUUCCAGUCACACGUGCAAAGUAAUCCAGAUGACUGUAGAUAAUUUUCUCGAAAAGAUCCAUCACGCCACAAUUGUUCAUUUUGAACUUGAAAGGCUCAACUUAAAUAGGUUUUGGAAAUUCGAGAAUCUAAAGGAAAAAGUAGUGAACAGUUUUGUGCGAUUUUUUAGUGGGCAGAGAAAUAUGGUGAACUUUGACAUGUUAGCGGCCCAUUUUACACUGACGAGCGGGUGUCGGAUACUGGAAGCUGUGGGCAGCGCGUCUGGCAGUACUAUUAAAGAUCUGGAUAUUGAAGACUUCUUUCACUCGAGGUUGGCCAUGUUUCAAGUGAAACGAUUCAGAAAUGCUUUCUCCAAGUUUACUAAUCUUUCGAACGUGUCACUUAAUUAUAACUGCUUGUCGGAUGACAUAUUUGAGAGCAUGGUUAAACAUCUCGCUGGAAAAUUGAAGAAUAUCAAUUGCAAGAUAUACAGGACUGAUCCACACUUCCACCGAAUUUCAUCAUUUUCGUGGAGGAAGUUAAAAUCGGUAUGCCCAGAACUGUCCAUCGACUUUUGGUUCGAGGGUAUCGGCAUGUCGUCAGACACUACUCGCAUUCUGGUGCCGGGAGCUCCUGUGCGAAAACUUCACAUGUGGACUGGAUACGACGACAACGCUGAUUGGCAGCUCGGCGAAACUAUUGAUCACAUCGCAGCCCAUCACAAGCAGAUUGUUGUUGUGUCGAUGGAGUUGGACAACAACAACGAAGCCAUUGACGUGAAUCUCGUAAAAUUGGUAACGGAAUGCAAAUGUCUACGAGAACUGUACAUCAAUGCCAUUGUCACAGUGGCCGCCAUAGAUGAAAUAUGUACACUCCAGACGCAGGGCAAAAUAAAUUUACACACUUUCCAUGUAACAACAUGUGGGCUGACACAAAUAGAAUGUGCUGAGCUCAUGUACAUAAAAGAUAAACACUUGCCAAUCAUGGAAGAGAGAGGUCUCAACUUCAGAAUCGCCUCUGAUUAUCUUACAGAGUUCUUAUAACUUUAAAACUUUUACUAGUGAAAAAAACAAAAACUAACAAAGUCGCAUCUGCAUAGUGAUUUAGUUAAUAAAGUAUAUAUUUUA